UGAAGAGAGCGAAGACCAGCGUCUGAGUGUGGUGAGAGACAAAGGUCUUCUGGUAUCUUGGUAUCAGGAUCUUUAGGAGAUGCCCAAUUCCCGGUUCCACCGGAGCUGGUUUCUCCGCCCGAGCCCCGCGUCCGGCCGACUUCUCCCUUGAUUCGAAUCCUAUUAAGACCAGAGGAGGGGGCACUUCUUCCUUUCUGACCAAGAGAAGGAGAAGCAGAAGAAGAAGGAAGGAAGGAUGGGCGAGAUAGCGAAGAAGGGAUGGGAACAGUACAUGCGGCAGCUCCAACUCCACCCUUUGCGGACCAAGGCCAUCACUGCCGGGGUAUUGGCGGGGGUCAGCGAUUCCGUGGCGCAGAAGCUCUCGGGCAUUCAGAGGCUUCAAUUGAGACGACUUCUUCUUAAAGUGCUCUUUGGAUUCGCCUAUGGUGGACCAUUUGGGCACUUCCUUCAUAAGCUGUUGGAUAUCAUUUUCAAGGGGAAGAAAGAUAAGAAGACUGUAGCCAAGAAGGUCCUGUUGGAGCAGAUGACAUCUUCUCCUUGGAACAAUUUGCUGUUCCUGCUAUAUUAUGGAUUAAUUGUUGAGCGGAGACCUUGGCCACAGGUUAAGGAUAAAGUUAAGAAGGAUUAUCCCUCAGUGCAGCUGACUUCAUGGAUGUUCUGGCCCGUAGUAGGAUGGAUAAAUCAUCAAUAUAUGCCGCUGCAACUUCGUGUUGUAUUUCAUAGCUUUGUUGCCUGUUGCUGGGGAAUAUUUCUAAACCUUAGAGCCAGAACAAUGGCCUUGAGUAAGUAAUGGAAGAGUUUCUGGCUCGGGGAGCUGGCCCGACGGUGUCGAUCUAUUUGAUGUUAUUCACUGUUGACGUAUUGUUUUAUGGCAUUUUCAUGAAAUGCAACAUAUAUAUCUGUCGUUAGAUUUAUCUUUUAUAAAAACUGGGCAUCCAUCUAUACACCUUGGCUCUUAAUAUCAGGACAAAUGCUCUCAUUUUCACUUUUU